ACAGACGUCCAGCAGCUGUUGGGGGUUAAAGGAGAGGUUCCUCCUGAGCAGCAAGAGUGUAGCUCCAGUGUGGACCAGGAGGACCCAGAGCCUCCACACAUUAAAGAGGAGCAGGAGGAGCUGUGGAGCCGUCAGGAGAAACAGCAGCUUGAAGGGCUGGAGGAGGCUGAUAUCAAGUUCACACUCACUUCUGUCCCUGUGAAGACUGAAGACGAUGAAGACAAAGCUCAGUCCUCACAGCUUCAUCAAAGACAAACUGAACAGAUGGAAACAGAAGCUGAUGGAGAGGACUGUGGAGGACCAGAACCAGCCAGGAACUCACAUCCAGAUAGUCCUUUACAACCAGUUAGUGAAGACGAGACCUCGUACUCUGAACCUGAGACUGAUGACAGCAGAGACUGGGAGGAGACUCAGGAACCUCAGUCAGGUUUAAACUCUCCAAAAACCAGUAAAGCACCUGUCAGUGAUGAGGAAUUUUAUACUGUAAACACACCAGUUAGCUCCUCUGAAUGUGCCGGAAACUUCAUCCCCGGGGGACAUCUGCAGGACUACACUGGAAUCCAAACAGGAGAAAAACAGUUUACCUGCUCUGUUUGUGGCAAAACAUUUGGACGAAAGGCGCAUCUGAACGAACACUUAACCAUCCACUCAGGAAGGAAACCAUUUCCUUGCUCCGUCUGUGGUAAAAAAUUAUCUCGAAAGUACAACUUAAUUGCUCAUAUGAAACUUCAUUCGGAGGAAAAACGUUUGAGCUGCUCUGUUUGUAAAGUUAAGAUCCAGUGCCAAAGCAAGUUGGUCAAACACAUGAGUACCCACACAGGAGAGAAAUCAUUUCGUUGUUCCGUUUGUGGUGAAGUAUUCUCACAUCGUCGUAAUCUGAGGCGACACUCGACCGUCCAUACAGGAGAGAAACCAUUUAGUUGUUCAAUUUGUGGUACAAGGUUUUCACAAAAUUCAGAUCUUAGUCGACACUUGACUAUUCACACAGGGGAGAAACCAUUUAGUUGUUCAGUUUGUGGUAAAAGAUUCUCACAGAAGGUGACAAUGAAACGACACUUGAACGUCCACACAGGAGAGAAACCAUUUAGUUGCAGCG